GCCGCAAGCUCAGGACAGUUAAUAAGGGUGGUCUGGUGAAACGCUGAGCAAGGCUACUGCUAAGAAACCAAAGACUAUCUCAAAUAUGAGAGGCACAACUUACUCACAGAAGACACUGACGGUCAGCGGCAGCAGCAGGAUGCGGGUACAGAGUCCAUCGCCGACCCGAUGCCGGGGAUCCUCGUUCACUCGAGGGCGUUCCGGAUUCCAGGGCGCCGCUGUAGAGGUCGGGACGGAGUUACACAAGGUCCACGUGAACGAAAAGGAGGAGAUGCAGGAGCUGAACGUACGCUUCGCCAGCUACAUCGAGAAAGUUCAGGCGCUGGAACAGAAGAAUGCAGCCCUUAAAGCCGAAUUAGCUGCUUUGCAAAACCGCUACAAGGGAGGGCCCAGUAACAUCGGGGAAGAAUAUGACAUCAAGUUUAAAGAAAUGAGAGAGCUCAUCGAGUCUCUGACCAAGGAGAAAGGAGCCGCCGAUAUCGAACGGGGCUAUAUCGAGGAAGAAAUCGAGAUAUGGAGGUUCAAACUCGAAGAGGAGCUUUCACUCAAAGAGGAGGCAGAGAGGAUACUGCGAGAAUUCCGCGAAGAUGUCGACAACGCCACCUUGCAAAAGGCAGACCUGGAGAAGAGAGUGGAACAACUGGUGGCUGAGAUGGAGUUCCUUAAAAAGCUUCACGAUGAGGAAGUCGCUGAUCUCAUGAAACAGAUCGAGGACUCCAAGGUGACAACUGAGCUGGACUCCGACCGGCCAGACCUGGCCACUUACCUGCGCAACAUUCGGGUCGAAAUCGAGCAAGCGGCCUCUCGUAACGUGCAGGAGGCCGAGAAGUGGUACAAGGGUAAGUUUGACACUCUGAAAGUCCACGCAAGCAAGCAUGAAGAUCAGAUGAAGUCCAUGAAGGAAGAGAUCACCACCUUUCACAAUCAAGUGGUCGACCUGCAGAAUCAGAUCGAUGGAUUACGAGCCAACAAUGCAGCAUUAGAGCAGCAGUUGGAAGACAUGGAGGUCGGACACAUGGAUAAAGUGUCUGGCUUGGAGAGCAUCAUUGCUCAGCUUGAGAACCAGCUCUGUGAGACCAAGAUCGAAAUGGGCAAAUACUUACAGGACUACAAGGAACUUCUUCAUAUUAAGCUGAAGCUAGAUGCUGAGAUCGCCACCUACAGGAAGCUGCUGGAAGGCGAAGAGAAGAGACUGGGCAUUUCUGCAGAGAGCGUAUCAGGAUGAACUACAGAGGAGCGGAGCGCCUCACUGGCUCGCAGUGUGGAAAGUCACACCGUUUCCAAAAUCCCCGGCUGAGGCCCCCCCCCUGCUCUUCCACCCCGACCCGAGAAGACGACAUACUAGACCACCCUUGUCACCCCUAAACCCUAAAAGAAUGCCCAUGUGAUGCUGUGCUAUGGUUAAAGAGUACGACCCAAGCCAAAGGAAACCAUCUCCCCUCCCCAAGCCUAACGUAACACGAAUGCUUAGUGUACAAAAAGCACCACAAAACCAAUAAAGCUUGACUUUAGUGCAUAAA